AUGCCCGUCACAAUCAGGCCGUCGGACCACGGCUCCAGAUCCUGGGCCGGCCGCAGAUACAGGCACGCCUCGUCGCCUGACGUCCUGCUGCACUACACGCUGACGGACGACUCGCGGACGAGCCCGCCGCGCGCCAGACACGUGGUCCAGAGCUCCUUCGCUGGGCUCGAGAGGAAGGACAACGUGUUCGCGGCGAAGAAUGGGUUCGUAUAUUCAUGUAUGGAGGCGUACAACGAGCACCACCGCCUCAUCAUACGCCCCGAGGACGUAUGGUUCGCCAUCCUAACCCAAUUCAGCGCCUACGUCAACGGUCACGCCGAAGAACUGCGCGGCCUCUUCUGCGCCCACGACGCGCAGCGGGAGCUGCACAUCGACGUCGACCUGAACGGCGUCGUCGUCGACCACGGCAGGCUGGCCUUCGCGAUGGCGAGGCUGAUGCAGGGGAACAUCCGAGACGAGGGCCUGCGCCAGUGGAUCAUGCCGGCGUUCACGACGACGACCAAGACGGAUCAGGCCGUCGCCAGCGUGGUCUUCAUGGGCGCGAUGCAGAAGUUCUUCACGUACAGCUGGGGCACGCGCUGCGGGAUCCCGGCCGUGACGCUGCUGGGCGAGCGCAGCGACUGGGUCGAGAUCCGCCGGCGCGCGGAGCGCCUCGCGACGUACGGCGCCGAGCCCGCGCGCUGGCUGCGGGUUUUGGCGCCCGUGCUGGACGGGUUCGUGGACGGGUUCGCGGACCCCGCGGGCGAGGCGGCGAGGCGGUUCUGGCGCGGCGUCUGCGACGAACAUGUGCCUAAUGGCAGCGGCUCGACGACGUACUCCGGGUGGAUCACGGCGUUCUGCUUCUGGGACGAGGGUGGUAGAUGUUUGCACGGAUCGAAGGACGGUGACGAGGUCAGGCUGACGAGGAGCCAGCUGCCGAGCGGUUUCACGAAGGUGCCGGUUACGCUGCUUGAUGACGGCGUCGCUAUUCCCACGGAAAUGGUCGCUGGGUCGGUGGCGAUCAAGGCGAGCAGGCCGGAGGAGACACUACGUGCCGAAAGGGGCGGCGGGAAUGAUACGAUACAGCCUGAAAUCGGAUGGUUUAUGUACAAGACAUAA